CCACUCAGCCUCCUCAAAGUCAGCGGCGGCGACGCCAGAUUCCCCGCCUUCCGCCACCGGGGCUAAUUGUUGCUCAGAUUUUGAUGGACUAUGAGAUUGAUGUUGACGUCAAUGGCGAGGUAGUUGGUAGUUCUACUAAUUUUGAAGGAAGAACAGAUGAUGAUGAUGCGGUUGUAGGAAGUUCUGCUGAUGGGAUGCUUCAGCACGGAUUAGGUGUUAAGGUGGAUGAUGAUUCCUCUGAGAGGGAAUUGUUUCGACUGGAUGAGUUGCAUGAUGCUAAUUGUUCACAUCCUAUUGAUGAACCAUACGUGGGCCAAGAGUUUGAAUCUGAAGCAGCAGCACAUGCAUUUUAUAACUCUUAUUCAACAAGGGUUGGUUUUGUCAUCCGUGUCAGCAAGCUUUCUCGAUCAAGGCGUGAUGGAUCUGCUAUUGGUCGAGCACUUGUUUGCAACAAAGAGGGUUUCAGAAUGCCCGACAAGCGUGAGAAGAUUGUACGGCAAAGAGCUGAGACAAGGGUUGGUUGCAGAGCCAUGAUUUUAGUCAGAAAAAUAAGCUCAGGAAAAUGGGUAGUCACAAAAUUUGUAAAGGAGCACACUCAUCCUCUUACUCCUGGUAAAGGCCGUAAAGAUCUAAUUUAUGAUCAGUAUCCCAAUGAGCAUGAUAAAAUUAGGGAACUAUCUCAACAGCUGGCCAUUGAGAAAAAGAAAGUUGCAACUUAUAAAAGGCAUUUGGAAAUGAUCUUCGAACAUAUUGAGGAACACAAUCAAUCUCUUGCCAAGAAGAUCCAAAACAUUGUGAACAGUGUAAGAGAGAUGGAGUCCAAAGAACAAUUAGGUCCUAGAACUGUUGACAUAUUCAGGUCUUCACAAUGAUUGUAUGGAAAGCAGAUAUGGCAUGCAGAAUUCUGCUGAAUGUAGAAAGUUUUCGAACUAUAGUUGAUUGAUUUGAUCAAAACUUUCGGCCCGAUCUUAGAUAUGGACAGGGAUGAACUCAGUUUGCAUUCCAUUUUAGUCCUGUGUACAUUUAUUGUAGCGAUAGUGGUGCA